GAACUAAUAUUUUGACAGAACAAGCGAGAGGCAUUUUGAUAUCGCGACUGUAUCCGAAAUGAGCUUGAGCUGUUUCGAUUCCUAAUUACUACUCAAUUUCAGAGCAAGCAUGAGGAUUGUUCAGCUUCUUACUCUUGGUAUAGUCAUAAAUAUUUCCGUCGGUUGCAAGAGUGGAGAUCCUUGCUUUCAAGAAUUUCUUGACACUCAUUGCGUCCAAAAAGAUGUUGUCUAUCCGGGGAGCAAUUUGAUAACAUCUACCAAUAUAUCAAUAGAGGAAUGCCAUCAGGCAUGUCAAAACCAUCUGGAAUGCGAUCAUGCUUCCUACGCACCGGGUCAAAAAAUUUGCAAGCUGAAAUACCAAAAGAUGUAUUCAACCACAGAAUCCGGUUUCUAUGCCAUUCCAAAAGAUUGCAUUCCGAAUUGUUCAAUGGAUACAAAGGGCAGUCAUAACUCGAACCUUCCUGGUUCUUAUUUGGCGGACAGUCUAAUGGAUUGCCACUCCCUUUGCCUUGAACAUCCAGAAUGCGUCGGGGUGACUUGGGAGAGGCCAUGGGAGGUGAAUACAAAGGCUCCCAAUGCAUGCAAUUUGAAAAGGAAGAUGGCUGUCGGACUAAUUCGGACAAGCAUAUUUCAAGUGACGUUGCCUCGUUAUUGUUUACAUUCGAGAGAACAACCCAACGGCUGGCAUCUCUACCAAAACAAGUACUACAAGUUUAUUAACCAAAUUAAUUCUUAUGAAAGUGGAAUGGUGUCAUGCGGGGAAUUGGGUGGUCGAUUAGUCUCCAUAGAGUCUCAAGAGGAAUUCUUGUUUUUACGGUCAGUGGCUUUUACACUCAACUAUCAUCAUCCUGAGAAAUAUAAUGGGAGUUAUCGCUUAGGGCUCUUUAAGAGCAAUUGGACCUCCCUCAAGUGGACCUUGAGUAACGGAAACAUAUUCAAAGAAUCCCAGAUCGAUCUUUGGUGUCCAAAACAACCCUCCAUCGCCUCAUCAAUCGCAUACGCACGAUUAUGGAGUGGUGCUGGCUUUUGCGGCGAUGAUAUUUUUUCCUCGUUAUCAACUCAAAAUAUCAUUUGCGAAGCCUCAGUUUGUAAGGAGGACCUUCCAAAGAUGAAAAAUGUCCGAAAACAAGCCCAAAUUCCAAACUCACUCAUUCACCAGUAAGAUAUUAAAGAUUGAAAAGUUGGUUUGUGUUUGUGCUGUGGGAAACAAAGUGCUUUCGUUUGGUUAUCUUUUAUCCUUUUAUACAAACAGAUUGAGAAUAUCUAAACAUUUAUGAUCAAAUUAGUGUACAAAGCCAAAA